AUGGCGUUAACGCCUAAAUUCGCACUUGUCAGUAUAGCAGUUUUUGCUCUGUCUAUGCUCAUAGUAGGGCGGGAAAGAUGGUGGUUGUGUGCCAUUGCAUUCAUCGGCUUUCGAAUCACUCAGCUGGACUUUUUCCAGAAAAUACGCAAAACCAUCAAACGGGAUCUCAUAGGUCUUCAUCUUCUAAUUCGAGUCAAGCGGGAGAUAGUUAAAAGAAUAAAAUCUAAUAAGCCUAUACACUCCAUUUUCUUAGAGCAGGUUCGGAAGCAUCCCAACAAACUCGCCUGUAUUGAGAUCGACACUGAGCGAAAACUAACUUAUGCAGAGCUCAAUAAAUUGAUGAAUAAGUAUGCGAAUUUUUUCCAGAACGAAGGUCUUAAAUCAGGUGACGUCGUAUCCCUCUACUUAGAGAAUAGCAUAGACUUUUUCGCCAUUUGGUUAGGAUUGUCUAAGAUUGGUGUUGUCAGCUCCUUCAUUAAUUCUAAUUUGAAAUUGGAACCUCUUGCCCAUUCUAUCACAGUUGCGAAGUCGCAGAAAAUUAUAACUUCAACUUCAUUGCUUCCCACCCUUUCGGCUACUUUGGCUGCUGGAUUGAUACCAGAUAAUCAAGAGAUUCUUCUGGUCAGUGGUGAACAUGAAACUCAUAGAAUAUUGGAGAAGCUCUUACGAAACUCUUCUGAAGAGGAGCCGGACAGUUCUGAUGUUAAUUUUCAAAAUGUUCUGUGCUAUAUUUAUACUUCGGGUACAACAGGCAAUCCAAAACCGGCUAUAAUCAAACAUUUCCGGUAUUACUGGAUAGCUAUGGGCUCAGGCUCAGCCUUCGGUGUAAGAGAAGACGAUGUAGUGUAUAUAACUAUGCCUUUGUAUCAUUCUGCGGCUGGUAUUAUGGGAAUCGGGUCAAUGAUUGUCAAAGGAACUACUACAGUGAUUAGAAAAAAAUUCUCUGCUAGUAACUUUUGGAAAGACUGUGUGAAGUACAAUUGUACUGCCAGCCAGUAUAUCGGAGAAAUCUGCAGAUAUCUAUUAGCCCAACCGGAAUCUUCGUUAGAAAAACAACACAGAGUGAGAUUGAUGUGGGGAAAUGGUUUGAGAGCGGAAAUCUGGCCAGAAUUCGUAGCACGAUUUGGAAUUAGAAGAAUAGGAGAGCUUUAUGGGUCCACUGAAGGAAAUUCGAACAUUGUGAAUGUCGAUAAUCACGUAGGAUCGUGUGGUUUUUUCCCUAUCUAUCCAGGAUUAACUGCGUUGUACCCAGUUCGUUUAAUAAAAAUUGAUGAAGAAACUGGAGAGCUUGUCCGAGACGAGAAAACUGGACUUUGUGUUCAAUGUAAGCCUGGCGAAAUCGGAGAGAUGGUAGGAGUUAUCAAGAAAGAAGAUAUUCUGCUGAAAUUUGAAGGCUACGUUGAUGAAAAAGAUACACAAAAGAAAAUUUACAGAGAUGUCGUUAAGAAAGGAGAUUAUGUUUUCGCAAGUGGUGACAUAUUGUUUUGGGAUGAGCUAGGUUACUUGUAUUUCAAAGACCGAAGGGGAGACACGUACAGAUGGAAAGGUGAGAAUGUGUCGACAACGGAAGUAGAGGGAAUUCUACAACCGGUUAAAUCAGUUGAGGAUGCUACAGUUUAUGGCGUUGAGAUACCUAAGAUGGAGGGAAGAGCGGGAAUGGCUGCUAUAGUUCUGAACGAUGGAGAGAAUGAAACAGCCUUUUUGGAAGAAAUCGCAGCCCGUCUAUGUGAUAACCUCGCAUCAUAUGCUAUUCCUUGUUUUGUGAGGAUGUGCAAGGAAGUUGAUAGAACAGGAACCUUCAAGUUAAAAAAAACCGAUCUUCAAAAGCAAGGUUUCGACUUGCUUAAAUGCAAUGGUGAUCAUGUCUACUAUUGGGAUGCAUCAUUGAAACGAUAUAGGGAACUUGAUGAGAAAAAGCAGAAAGAUAUAGAAACAGGAGUUUACAACAAGUUUUGA